AUGGCACCUGAACCUGAUCACAAGAAGAAGGCCAACUUGGCCGACGUUUCCGGCUCAGAGCCCAAGGAUGAAAACGACACCUCCACGGCUAUUCUCAAGAAGAAGAAGAAGCCCAACCAGCUGAUGGUCACUGAUGCAACCAAUGAUGACAACUCCAUCAUCGCCCUCUCUAACAACACUAUGGAGCAGCUCCAAUUGUUCCGUGGUGACACAGUCCUCGUCCGCGGCAAGAAGCGCAAGGAUACAGUCCUCAUUGUUUUGGCCGAUGAUGAACUCGAUGAUGGCAGCGCCCGGAUUAACCGUGUUGUUCGUCAUAACCUUCGCGUGAAGCAUGGCGACAUGAUCACAAUUCAUGCCUGCCCAGACAUCAAAUAUGCCAAGCGCAUCGCUGUUCUGCCUAUUGCCGACACUGUUGAGGGCAUUACCGGCUCGCUCUUCGAUGUUUUCCUUGCCCCAUACUUCCGCGAAGCCUACAGACCCGUUCGUCAAGGCGACCUCUUCAUUGUACGCGGUGGUAUGAGACAAGUGGAGUUUAAGGUCGUCGAGGUUGACCCGCCUGAGUUUGGCAUCGUCGCUCAGGAUACCGUUAUCCACUGCGAGGGGGAGCCCAUCCAGCGUGAAGAGGAGGAGAACAACUUGAACGAGGUCGGAUACGAUGAUAUCGGUGGUUGCAGGAAGCAGAUGGCCCAGAUCCGUGAGAUGGUCGAGCUGCCCCUGCGUCAUCCUCAACUCUUCAAGUCAAUCGGUAUCAAGCCUCCGCGUGGUGUCUUGCUUUACGGUCCUCCGGGUACUGGUAAGACGCUCAUGGCUCGUGCUGUUGCCAACGAGACUGGCGCUUUCUUCUUCCUGAUCAACGGUCCCGAGAUCAUGUCCAAGAUGGCUGGUGAAUCUGAGUCGAAUCUUCGCAAGGCAUUCGAAGAGGCCGAGAAGAACUCGCCUGCCAUCAUUUUCAUCGACGAGAUCGACUCUAUUGCUCCCAAGCGAGACAAGACCAACGGUGAAGUCGAACGACGUGUUGUUUCGCAACUGCUCACCCUCAUGGACGGUAUGAAGGCGCGCUCCAAUGUUGUCGUCAUGGCCGCCACCAACCGACCCAACUCUAUUGAUCCUGCCCUACGACGUUUCGGUCGCUUCGAUCGUGAAGUGGACAUUGGCAUUCCCGACCCCACUGGCCGUCUUGAGAUUCUUCAGAUUCACACCAAGAACAUGAAGCUUGGCGAUGAUGUCGAUUUGGAGCAAAUCGCCGCCGAGACCCACGGUUACGUCGGUUCCGAUGUUGCCGCGCUCUGCUCCGAGGCUGCCAUGCAGCAAAUCCGAGAGAAGAUGGAUCUCAUUGAUCUUGACGAGGAUACCAUUGACGCCGAGGUUCUCGACUCAUUAGGUGUCACCAUGGAGAACUUCCGAUUCGCCCUGGGUGUGUCCAAUCCCUCGGCUCUUCGCGAGGUCGCUGUUGUCGAGGUUCCCAACGUCCGCUGGGAGGAUAUUGGUGGUCUCGAGACAGUCAAGCAGGAGCUGAAGGAGAGCGUACAGUACCCCGUCGACCACCCCGAGAAGUUCCUCAAGUUCGGUCUUUCGCCAUCUCGCGGUGUUCUGUUCUAUGGACCCCCUGGUACUGGUAAGACGAUGUUGGCCAAGGCUGUUGCAAACGAGUGUGCAGCCAACUUCAUCUCUGUGAAGGGCCCUGAACUGCUCAGCAUGUGGUUCGGUGAGUCGGAGAGCAACAUCCGAGACAUCUUCGACAAGGCUCGUGCUGCAGCCCCUUGUGUUGUGUUCCUCGACGAGUUGGAUUCUAUUGCAAAGGCUCGUGGUGGCUCCGUCGGUGAUGCCGGUGGUGCCUCGGAUCGUGUUGUCAACCAGCUUCUGACGGAAAUGGAUGGCAUGACCUCAAAGAAGAACGUGUUUGUGAUAGGUGCCACCAACAGACCCGAGCAGCUUGACCCCGCUCUUUGCAGACCUGGUCGUCUUGACUCGCUGAUCUACGUGCCUCUGCCCGACGAGGAGGGCCGUCUUGGCAUUCUCAGCGCCCAGCUUCGCAAGACCCCGGUCGCUGGAGAUGUCAACCUACAAUACAUUGCCUCCAAGACUCACGGGUUCUCCGGUGCCGAUCUUGGUUUCAUCACUCAACGUGCCGUCAAAAUUGCCAUCAAGGAGGCCAUCACUGCGGAUAUCAACCGCGCCAAGGAACGUGAGGCUGCUGGUGAUGACAUGGACAUUGAUGAUGAAGCUGAGGACCCUGUGCCUGAGCUUACCAAGCGUCACUUCGAGGAGGCUAUGCAAAUGGCUCGACGGUCAGUCACCGAUGUCGAGAUUCGCCGGUACGAGGCCUUUGCCCAGCAAAUGAAGAACGCUGGCCCUGGUGCCUUCUUCAAGUUCCCCUCGGGUGGAGUCGAUGGAGGUGCACCCUCCGGAAACAACGACUUUGGCGCUGGAGGCGACGACGAUGGUCUGUACGACUAA